CUGCAACAACACCGCAUAGUUUUUACACAGCCUGUCUUUAAAAAACCUUCCUCUUUAAUAUUUAUAUACUCUCUUCUUCCUUUCUUUAAAUACCCUUCUUCUCUUCUUCUUCUUCUUCUGCGAGCUCUCUCUUCUUAAAGAAACACAAAGACUUUCACAUUCUUACACCAUUAUUUGCUCUCUCUGCUCAGUGGGAGAGUCAAGAAACAAUGGCAAAGAUGCAAUUCUCAAUCUUUAUAGCUGUCUUUGCGGUUAUUGUGUGCUCUGCAUCUGCUAAAACUGCAAGCCCUCCAGCUCCAAUGCUACCACCGACACCAGCUCCAGCACCAGCUCCAGAGAAUGUGAAUCUCACAGAGCUUUUAAGUGUAGCUGGACCGUUCCACACAUUCCUUGACUACCUUCUCUCAACUGGAGUCAUUGAGACUUUCCAAAACCAAGCUAACAACACCGAGGAAGGUGUUACAAUCUUUGUCCCAAAAGAUGAUGCUUUCAAGGCUCAGAAGAAUCCUCCUUUGUCCAAUCUCACAAAGGAUCAACUCAAGCAGCUUCUUCUCUUCCACGCUUUGCCUCAUUACUACUCGCUUUCCGAAUUCAAGAACUUGAGCCAGUCUGGUCCAGUGAGUACUUUUGCUGGUGGCCAAUACUCCUUGAAGUUCACAGAUGUUUCUGGCACGGUUCGAAUCGAUUCUUUAUGGACCAGGACUAAAGUUAGCAGCAGUGUUUUCUCAACAGACCCUGUUGCUGUUUACCAAGUGAACCGUGUGCUUCUACCAGAAGCAAUCUUUGGUACUGAUGUCCCUCCAAUGCCAGCUCCAGCUCCUGCUCCUAUCGUCAGUGCUCCUUCUGAUUCGCCUUCGGCUGCUGAUUCUGAUGAAGCCAAUGCUAAAUCACCAAAGUCCGCGAAAAAGAACUCUGGACAAAAGCUGGCUCUUGCUCCAGUCGCUAUGGUUGUUUCAGGUUUGGUGGCAAUGUUCUUGUGAUCAAAUAUGGUUUUUGCAGAUUGAGUAUGUUUUAAGUUACAGUGUCAAAGAUUUGUAUUACAUCAUUCCAAUUGUCUUUUGAUUCUUGAAACCCAUUUUUUAUUAUACAUUUUUAAAAAUCAUUAUUAUUGUCGUCAUUACCAUUGUUGUGAAUUGAAAUUGUUCCUACAUUUUUACUUUUC